GGGAGAGCGCCGGGCCGGCAGGGCCGGGGGUGCCGCGACGGCAACUUUGGCGGGGCGGGCGGACAGCGGCGGCACCAGGGGCACCAUCAUGUCCGGCAACGGGCUCACUUACAGCGAGCAGGGCGGAGAGGCGGCGCCCGAGCUGGCGCAGGAGGCGGCUCCCACCGUGACCCCCUCGGCUCCCACGGCCUUCGGGCUCUUCAGCAGCGACACCAAGAAAAAUGAAGACCUAAAACAAAUGUUGGAAAGCAGUAAAGAUUCUGCAAAGCUGGAUGCUAUGAAAAGGAUUGUUGAGAUGAUUGCAAAGGGAAAAAAUGCUUCUGAACUGUUUCCUGCUGUUGUGAAGAAUGUUGCCAGUAAAAAUAUUGAGAUAAAAAAGCUUGUGUAUGUUUAUCUGAUGCGCUACGCAGAGGAGCAGCAAGAUCUAGCAUUAUUGUCCAUCAGUACUUUCCAGCGUGCUUUGAAAGAUCCUAAUCAGUUAAUCCGUGCAAGUGCUUUAAGAGUUUUAUCCAGUAUACGUGUCCCAAUCAUUGUUCCUAUUAUGAUGCUUGCUAUUAAGGAAGCCUCUUCUGAUUUAUCUCCUUAUGUGAGAAAGAAUGCAGCCCAUGCAAUCCAAAAACUGUACAGUCUUGAUCCAGAGCAAAAGGAAAUGUUGAUUGAAGUGAUAGAAAAGCUUUUGAAGGAUAGAAGUACGCUGGUAGCUGGGAGUGUGGUGAUGGCAUUUGAGGAAGUGUGUCCAGAUAGAAUAGAUCUGAUUCACAAGAACUACCGAAAGCUCUGUAACUUGCUGGUUGAUGUGGAAGAGUGGGGUCAAGUUGUUAUAAUCCACAUGCUAACUCGGUAUGCACGUACUCAGUUUUUAAGUCCAUGGAAGGUUGAUGAAGUGGUGGAUGAAUAUAGUGAAAAUAAUUUCUAUGAAUCUGAUGAAGAACAGAAAGAAAAGGAUCAGAAACUGAAAACCAUCUAUACUAUGGACCCGGAUCACAGGCUGCUGUUACGAAAUACAAAGCCUCUGCUUCAAAGCCGAAAUGCUGCUGUGGUAAUGGCAGUUGCACAGCUUUACUGGCAUUUGGCACCAAAAUCUGAAGCUGGUAUUGUUUCUAAGUCAUUGGUGCGUUUACUCCGCAGUAAUAGAGAGGUGCAGUAUAUUGUUCUGCAAAAUAUUGCCACUAUGUCAAUUCAGAGAAAGGGUAUGUUUGAACCUUAUCUGAAGAGUUUCUAUGUUAGAUCAACUGAUCCAACUAUGAUCAAAACACUCAAGCUUGAAAUCAUGACAAAUUUAGCAAACGAAGCCAACAUAUCAACUCUGCUUCGAGAAUUUCAGACUUACGUGAAAAGCCAAGACAAGCAGUUUGCUGCAGCUACGAUUCAAGCUAUAGGCAGAUGCGCAACUAACAUCACCGAAGUGACUGACACGUGCCUUAAUGGCCUCGUCUGUUUGCUGUCCAACAGGGAUGAAAUUGUAGUUGCUGAAAGUGUUGUUGUCAUUAAGAAACUACUGCAAACCCAGCCAGCACACCAUGGUGAAAUUAUUAAGCAUAUGGCCAAGCUCUUGGAUAACAUUAUGGUUCCAGUAGCCAGAGCCAGCAUCCUUUGGCUCAUUGGCGAGUACUGUGAACGGGUUCCAAAGAUCGCACCUGAUGUUCUGAGGAAGACAGCCAAGAGUUUCACGAAUGAAGAUGACCUUGUAAAAUUGCAGAUCUUAAAUUUGGGUGCAAAACUCUACUUAACAAAUUCAAAGCAGUUGGUUGGUUGGUUUGAUUCAGUUUUUCCUAUUUCCUUUUACCUUGGGACAAAAUUGCUUACCCAGUAUGUAUUAAAUCUCAGCAAGUAUGAUCAAAGCUACGACAUCAGAGACCGUACAAGAUUUAUAAGGCAGCUUAUUGUUCCGAAUGAGAAGAGUGGAGCUUUAAGCAAAUAUGCCAAAAAAAUAUUUCUGGCACAGAAACCUGCCCCAUUGCUUGAGUCUCCUUUUAAAGAUCGGGAUCAUUUCCAGCUUGGCACCUUGUCUCACACAUUGAACAGCCGAGCCACUGGGUACCUGGAGCUAUCCGACUGGCCAGAGGUGGCACCUGACCCGUCUGUCCGAAAUGUCGACGUGGCUGAGUCGGCAAAGGAAUGGACUGGAAUUCUAGGCAAGCCAAAGAAUGAGAAACCUACUGAAAAGUUCUAUUCUGAAUCAGAAGAGGAGGAAGAUGAGUCUGCCAGUACCAGUUCAUCAGGGAGUGGGUCUGACAGUGAAAGUGAGAAGGAAGAUAAAGAGGAAGGCAGCACUGAUGAGAGUAGUGGGAGUUCCUCUCCCAGUGAAGAAUCAUCUGACAGUGAAUCAGACAGCAAAGAAACUGCUGCUAAGAAAACAUGUAGAGCUGUCAAUGAAAGUGAUUCACAGGAUAUUAAAAAGAAAACAGAGGGGAUUUCCAUAAAGAGAAGCACGUCCAGUUCCUCUGAUACAGAGUGCACUUCAUCAGAUGAAUGUUCUUCAGGAUCCAAGUCAGAAUCUGAUUCUAAAAGUGACUCUGAGUCUGGAAAAUCUAGAAAUGCUACCUCUAAUAAGGAUAUAUGAGGACUACUAGCAUAAAGAAGCUUUUUGUAUUUUAAAACAACAGAAUGUGUGAAGUCAAAUACACUGAAUAUGAGAACUGGAAUGUCCAAGAAGCUUGAGAUUGAAUUGUUGAAGUCAAGGGAAAGUUGUCAAGGCCUUGGAUUUUAAGAGAAGAGAAAGAACAUUGCAGUAGUUCUGAAGUCUUACUUGAUUAAGAAGCACCUAAAAGGAAAUGUGUUAGGAGGAAGAAGUAUUUUUAAACAGGUGACAGAAGAGUUGAUGAGAGUAGAGUCAAAGGAUAGAAGGGAAAAAUUGCAAAGCUUUUAAGCAUCACAAAAGACAUUAAAACAAAUAGCAAUGUGUUUAUAUGCGCAGCAGCAAGAAAAGUAGCAAGGAGAUUAUUGAAAAGUGUAGAGCUCACUGUGCAGAAGCUAAAUGUUCCUUAAAUUCUUUUUCAUUUAGAAUUAGCACUUUUAAUAUAAGGGCAACAAACUUGGCUGAUGAACUGUAAACAAUGGUCGUAUGUAAAGGGGCAGGGGCCAGUUAAUUUAAUGUCCUUGAACAAAGAGGACUGUUUCAGUAUAUGAUAUUAAUCCCUGGAACCUUGAAGUUAGCUUCCACUUAAACCAUGUUUGAUGUCUGCAUUCAAUGUUUCUAGUAUUUAUUUAUUUUUAGACAUGUAAUUAUAUAAGUGGGUGGGGGAAAAGAAACACAGGUAUUUUUUAUUAAAGGUGAUUGCUAUGCUAACUAGCUUAAUAGGUUUUUUGAGAGAAACCUGUUUUGAGCCCUAUAAUGAUAGAUGAAGGUAACUGAUGGUAACCUAGGUAACAUCUUCCAAGCUGGAAAGAAAAAAACAAUUUUUAACAAACUUUAAAGAUUAUUGUUUAAAUCUUAUAUAUAGAUCCCUUAUGUGUCAAGUUACAUUUUAAAAGAAUGACACUUUUUUUUUUUCUGCUCCCUUCCCUUUUCAGACCGCCCAGGAAACAGAUGGUUUCUGCUAGGCUCUCAGAAAUGCGUGCUUUAUUCUGAUAGUUUGUCAUUAGUAAAGACAUUGCUUAUGUUAUUCUGCUAUAGUGUAUUCUUAAUUUGGGCAGUCCAUAUGGGGAGAUUAUUCAUUAGGAUUUCCUUUUCAGUAAAACUGAAAAUAUUUUCUGAAAUACAUAAUAAUAAAAGAAGUUGUGGUUAGUGAGCUCUGUUUUUGUGCUUUCUCAGUUUGCCACAUGUUGUGAACUAUGUUACAUUGCAGAUGUUUUGGGUGAUGUUUGCCAUUCCUUAUAUAUUCUGUUGGGUGUCAUUUCCAUGUUCUGCAAAAUUUUCUUAAUAAAAAAGGUUCUAGUACAUUCACACUGGAGCUUAAUUUCUACAUACAUCCAUGCACUUACUGGCAUUAAAAUACACUACAAAAAAUUCAGAUUAUUUUCCUGAAUAUGUUAUUAAUGGUUUAGUAUUUUUUUCUCCUGACAUAUAAUUUUGAAAAAGCUGUUGUGUUCACUGUAAUUGAGCUGCAGUGAAUAGAAAAGUCAGUCUCUUGUACUGCAGUCUUGUAUAUCAUUUUGAAAUAUGGAUAAUUUGAGGUGUUCAGAUACAUACUAUACUGUAAGCAUAAAUACUGUAGAGCUAAAAUGCAGAUUUGAGGAUGAUGCAUGUAUAAGUAGGUGUCUCUACAGUGGGAUUUUAAAAUCAGCUACUGUUGACCUCCUUCUACAAGUAUAAUACAGUCACUCAGCUGUUAAAAACCUGAUCCACUAUUUAAAAAAUAUACAAAAACAAAUUGUCUAUCUUUCUGCCUGAUCUCCUUUCAAGUGCUAACACAAUGGAAACAGUG